AUGAGACUCAGAUUUUCAGUCAUUUGCCUCAUUGCAAGCUGCGGCUCGCUUUGCAGUGCCACAGACCGCAUCCUCAAGCAUGGUUCUCCUGAAUCAGUGGGGCUUCUCGCCGAGCCUCUUCAACAACUACCGCUGAACUUGAGCCAGUACAGUAUUCCUGCCAAUUAUGGAACACCUACGCACAAUGCAAUUCACCCCAUCCAACCGGGAGGCUCCGUUGUCAUCGGCCAUAAAUCCACCGUUGUGAGCGCCUUUGCCUUUGGGCACAUGAGUCUGUAUGCAGACUCCAAUGGCACGUUGCUCUCUUCCACGGAACGGACCCCUGCCAAAAUGGACACAAUCUACGAUAUGGCCAGCCUAACCAAAGUGUUCACUGCGGUAGCCGCAUUGCGCGCCAUUGACGAGAGUAAGCUAAGCUUGUACAAUACCGUUGCGUCCUACCUUCCCGAGUUCGCGGUCAAUGGGAAGAGCAACAUCACUGUCUUGAUGCUGUUGACCCAUACAAGUGGCUUUCCUCCAGACCCUCUGCCCGGGCUGUAUGAAGCACCUUACAAGACCAUGCAGCAGCGCGUCCGUGCUAUCAUCGAGCAUGAGCUCGAAAAUGCUCCUGGGUCUACGUACACCUACUCAGACCUGAACUUUAUGAACCUGCGCUUCUUGCUGGAGAAGGUCACCAAGACACCAUUUGAGGAGUAUGUCUAUUCAUUUACCCGCGAACUCGGCAUGACAAGCACCUUUUUCAACAAGGGAAACAACCAGUCCACUUCAUUCCAUCAUUACACGCGCAUGGCGCCGACGGAGUAUCAGAUCGAAGUUCUGGGAGACGCCGAGCCCAAACGUCCCCAGCCAGUACGAGGAACCGUGCACGACGAAAAUGCCUGGGCCCUUGGUGGUGUGAGCGGACACGCCGGCCUCUUCUCGACGGCCAGGGAUGUGGCAAUCUUCUGUCAAAUGAUCUUGAAUAACGGCACAUAUGGCGGCAAGCGGAUAUUAAAGCCGGAGACUGUGGACUUGAUGUUCACGAAUUUCAAUGCCGCAUUCCCUGGUAAUGAGCACAGUAUCGGGUUCGAGCUCAAUCAGAGUUAUUUCUCGGGACCCAUGGCUAAUAUUUUGGCUGGAGGGCACACGGGCUUCACUGGUACCACGCUUGUUGUUGAUCGGGCGUCGGAUACUUUUAUGGUCAUGUUGGCCCAUCGUGUGUAUCCGAGUCGGAACUGGGCGAGUAACAAUAUUGUUCGUGAGGCGAUAGGUUAUUGGGUUGCCCGUUCGCUUCGUCGGGCUGUUUCCUUUCCAUGA